GUUUAUUCAAAACUUUUCAACAUGAAAGAAUCUCUGUUCUUAGCUGUUCUAACGAUCUUGUUAAUGAUUGUGAGUUGUUAUGGCUAUGACUCUCAGCAAUUAUACGAUCAGCUGUGUAAGGAAAGUUUUAACGGUUUUUUUCCUCAUCCCGAAGACUGUCAUAAGUUUAUAAGAUGUAGCCAUGGCAAAGCUUAUGUGUUUUAUUGCCCAGCAAAUUUACUGUGGCAUCAAGAGAUCGAAUCAUGUGAUUAUUCUUAUCGUACGAAGUGUAAAUUUCAUGAAGUUAAGAAUGAAGAUCAUAAGACUACAGUGGAGUAUUUAAAGUCAUUUAUUGAACACAAAUCAAAACCAAAUUUAACGGCGAAGUUUUAUUAUGUUAAAAGCAUGAUUAAUAACUAUAACAGAACAGUAUUAACAGAGGAAACUCUUGCUGUUAAUGUAACAGAGGCAAUAAUAACAGAUUUUGACAAAACCUCUAUAGAAAUUAACGAAAAUCUCAACAGUUCUAUAAAUUUAAAGGAAAAUAUCUUAAAGAAAAGAUUGACUAAAGCAACUAAAUGUAAUAAAAACAAUAACAGAACUAUAAUAACAAAGAGAACAGUUGCUGUUAAAACAACAGAGCCCACAUUAACAGAUUUUUCAAAAACUCUGCGGAAAUUACAGAAAAUAUUAACAAUUCAUUAAAUUUAAUAAGUAAGC